AUGGGUGGUGAAUUUUUGGUCCUAACCCUCUUCAACCCUUUUACAGGAGGUACCAUUCGUCUUCCACCAGUCAAAGAAGUCCCAGAUAUACACGAAGAUAUGGAUUUUUUUUUGGGUUCCAUCCUUUACAGGGUUGCAUUGUCUGCUGACCCAUCUUUGUCUCCUAAUGGUUUUGAAGCUCUAAUAGUCUACCGUACCAGUGAUUCUCCAGUAAUCCAAGUAGCCCAUUAUAAGGCAGGGGAUGUUACUUGGACUCGCAUAGAUGCGAUGACGAUAUUAUCGGAUGUAAUUUAUUAUAAAGGCCAGUUUCUGGUUGUUACUAGCAGUGGUGGGCUUUUGUCAGUUAAUGUUAACAGUGACCUAGCAACUACUACUUGGUGUAUCAGAUCUACCAGAGCUUCACCUUCACACACUAUUACUCAUUAUUCCUUUGUCGAAUCGUCACGUGAAGACCUAUUGCUCGUGGAGAAGUCCUAUUCCAGAUCUUGGGAUCUGGCUUACAAGGUGUGGUGUGCUUAUGGGGAUGAUGGAGGAACCCAAUGGGUUGAGACUGAGAGUAUAGGAACUGAUGCUUUGUUCUUGGAUUGGAAUGUAUCUAUGUCUGUCUCUGCUUUAGACUUUUCGGAGUGUCGUCCAAAUUCCAUCUACUUCCUUGAUUCUGUAGAUGGGUUUCCACAGCUGCGUGUCUUCAACUUGGAAAACGGAAAUGUGGAAAAUUUUUGUGUUUUACAUGAUCCCAGCGAAAAGUGUCUUCUACUGGAGCCCAAGCGAACAGGAAUUUGGAUUUUACCCACUAUGGUAUGA